CUUCUAACCCUCCUGACUUAAUCUCUCCAGUGCUGAGAUGGCUGGAGUCCAUGCUUGAUUUUAUGUGGUGCGAAGGAUUGUGCCCAGGGCUUCGUGCAUGGAUGUCCAUGCGGAGCCCCAUCUCUGCACAGCUGGCCUUGGAUAGUGCCGGCACCAUGGUGAACUGCACUAUCAAGGCUGAAGAGAAGAAGGAACCUUGCCACGAUGCCCCACAGGCUCCAGCCACGGCAGUUGAGCCCCAGUCCGGGGACCCAGCCCGGGCCCCCCAGGAUGCUGACAACCCCCAAGCUCCUGCUCAGGACUGUGCCUCUCCAGAGAGCAAUGGCUCCCCAGAACCCAAGAGACCGGCAGCCUCUGAGGCCGCUUCUGGGAGUCAGGAGCGGCUGGACUUCAACCGCAAUUUCCAGGAAGUUGUGCCAGCCAUUGAGAAGCUGCUAUCCAGUGACUGGAAAGAGAGGUUUCUGGGAAGGAACUCCAUGGAAGCCAAAGAUGUCAAAGGGACCCAAGAGAGCCUGGCUGAGAAGGAGCUCCAGCUUCUUGUCAUGAUCCACCAACUGUCCGCCCUCCGGGACCAGCUCUUGACGGCCCACUCGGAGCAGAAGAACAUGGCCGCCAUGCUCUUCGAAAAGCAGCAGCAGCAGAUGGAGCUGGCCCGGCAGCAGCAGGAGCAGAUUGCCAAGCAGCAGCAGCAGCUGAUUCAGCAACAGCACAAAAUCAACCUCCUCCAGCAGCAGAUUCAGCAGGUCAACAUGCCUUAUGUCAUGAUCCCAGCGUUUCCCCCGAGCCACCAGCCUCUGCCUGUCACCCCUGACUCCCAGAUGGCUUUGCCUAUUCAGCCUAUCCCCUGCAAACCAGUGGAGUACCCGCUGCAGCUGCUGCACAGCCCGCCCGCCCCCGUCGUGAAGAGGUCGGCCGCCGUCGCUGCCCACCAUCCCCUACAGGAGCCCUCCCAGCCCUUGAACCUCACAGCCAAGCCCAAGGCUUCUGAGCUGCCCAACACCUCCAGCUCUCCCAGUCUGAAGAUGAGCAACUGUGGGCCCCGCCCUUCCAGCCAUGGAGCCCCCACACGGGACCUGCAGUCCAGCCCCCCCAGCCUGCCUCUGGGCUUCCUAGGUGAAGGGGACGCUGUCACCAAAGCCAUCCAGGAUGCUCGGCAGCUGCUGCACAGCCACAGUGGGGCCGUAGAAACCUCCCCCAGCACCCCCUUCCGUAAGGACCUCCUCAGUCUGGAGUCAUCCCCAGCCAAGGAGCGGCUGGAGGAGAGCUGUGUGCACCCCCUCGAGGAAGCCAUGCUGAGCUGCGACAUGGAUGGCUCCCGGCAUUUCUCAGAGUCCCGGAAUAGCAGCCACAUCAAGAGGCCCAUGAACGCCUUCAUGGUGUGGGCCAAGGAUGAGCGCAGGAAGAUCCUCCAAGCCUUCCCAGACAUGCACAACUCCAGCAUCAGCAAGAUCCUUGGCUCCCGCUGGAAGUCAAUGACCAACCAGGAGAAGCAGCCCUACUACGAGGAGCAGGCCCGGCUGAGCCGGCAGCACCUGGAGAAAUACCCGGACUACAAGUACAAGCCGCGGCCCAAGCGCACCUGCGUCGUGGAGGGCCGGCGGCUGCGCGUGGGCGAGUACAAGGCCCUGAUGAGGACCCGGCGCCAGGGUGCGCGCCAGAGCUACGCAAUCCCCCCACAGGCUGGCCAGGCACAGGUGAGCUCCUCAGAUGUCCUGUUCCCUCAGGCGGCAGGUGUGCCCCUGGCACAGCCACUGGUGGAGCACUACGUCCCCCAGGGCCUGGACCCCAACAUGCCUGUCAUUGUCAACACCUGCAGCCUCCGGGAGGAGGGGGAGAGCACCGACGACAGGCACUCGGUGGCUGACGGCGACAUGUACCGCUACAGCGAGGACUCGGACUCAGAGGGGGAAGAGAAGAGCGAUGGGGAGCUGGUGGUGCUCACAGACUGAGCCCUGAGGAAGUCCCCGCCCCCCACCUGAUGGGCACAGCCUGGACUGUGUCGGUACUUGGACUUGGGUGUGCCCAGGCGAUGGGCGAAGCUGUGCACCUGUAGAUACAUUCCCAAGGAGUCUCCUCUUUGCCACACCUUGGGCGCACCUGAGGAACUGAUGGCCUGGGUGGCCACGAUGGGGCCAAGCUGGCUUAGGUCCUUGGCCCGUGGGCUAUGGCUAGGAACACUGGAUAAUCCCUUCUUUCCUGUAGGUCUACCCAUCUGAGGGGGUGGCAGCUACACACCUUGUCCCCUUGAGGUCACGUGCUUUGUUCCCAUUUUGUCCUAGCUGAAGCAGCCACAGUAGGACCAGGACCUCUGCCCACAUGCCCCAGAACACAGCUGCCACCAAGAUCACUUUGUACUUUGUGCAGAAGGGCUUGACUGCCCGUCUCUCUCUGUCAAGGCCGCGGGCUGCCGUGCUCAUUUCCAUGUAGCCGCUCACGGGCGAGGAGGCAUUGGAAGUGCCUGCCACAAGCCGGGCAUGUUGAUGAAUUCCUGAGAAGUGUCUGUCAGUGCCACUCUUGCUUCUCCGGGACCUCUUCUGUGCUGCUUUGUCCUCAAAUUGCUACCUCUUCGUCAGUCUGGGUGUCUCAGGUUCCGUGUCUUUAUCCUCGCAUGCAUUUCUGUCCUUGCCUCUCUGCAAGGUCCUGUGUCCAUGUCCACUGGGCAGGCCCUGGGACUGCUCCUGCGCCUAGCAGCCUCCUGACCCCAGCCUAUCACUUCCUCCCCUCCUGACUCCGCCUGUCAGUUCCCAAGGCACUUUGUCCUGGUGCCCCACAGAGCCCUAGGCAUGUAGGCCAGAGGACCGAUGCCCCCUCCUUCUGUCAGUGACAGCCUCGCAGAGGGGAUGCCAUGGCAGCUGCCUCACCCUUUCUUCAUAAGGAUGGGCGAGUGCCUCAUCCCGCCUGCACUAGACUGAGGAACAGGCCUUGCUCCUCAUCACCUUCCCAGUUGUUUCCUAAGAAAAUCAAAGUCCAUUGGCACCUAGCUCCAAGGAUCUGGAACAGCCUUCCCCCUCCCCGAUCAGGGAGUUGUCUCCCUCUCCCUGUAGCUCCUCCUUCUCACCAGACUGUUUCUUUUUAUGACUGUAAACAUAGAUAGUGCUUUAUUUUGUUACUAAGAAGAUAAUGAUGAGUAACUUAACCAGCACAUUUGUUUUCUGAUGGCAUAAUAAAGACGACCAUUUCAGAAUCCUGA